AUGUCUCAAAAUCAAGUAGACUCUGCUGAAGUCAGGGCCAUGUAUAAAGAGAUAGCCACUUUGAAAAAAAUUAUACAUGAAAAACAAAUGAAGCAAAAGGGUAAGCAAAGAAUUCAAGACUUUAGAAUAUCGAAAUUCCAUGGUCAUUCAUCUUUCAACAGGAGAAUACCAGAGAGAAGAACAUUUCCAAAUAUGACUUUGGUGAUGAAUAACGUUUUGCCUAACUCCCAUCUUCCAUUAGAAGGUGUUGAGAUUGGCUCUUCUACUACUAUUCUGUCAUCACAAGCUCAUAUAAAUCAACAACAACAACAACCACAACAACAACAACAAUAUGUUACAAUUCAGUCUAGAAAUGGAAUGACUCUCUUCAACAUGAGUAUAUUUAGACAAGAAAAUGGAAGAUUAAGACAAACAGCAAUAUUAAGACAAAAUGCAUUAGAUGAAAUUAAACAACAAAAGAUAAAAGAACAUACAAAAUCUAAAAUAGCCAAAAAUAAAUCUUUAAGUGACUUUUGUGAUAGAAUAUAUCUUAACGGAACUAAAUAUGCUGUUGCAAAAAAUGGAAGAGUUUUAUUGCCCAUUAUAUCGAUUCCUUCAAAUGCUCCUGAUCAAAUUGUUUGGAAUAAUGAAUUUUAUAUAAAACAAAAUAGUGGAAGUUAUAAAAUACAAAAUUCAAGAGAAAAUUGUAAAUAUGAUCAUGAUGUUGCAAAAAUUAGAAUUUGUCCUCAUUACCUUAAUGGUGUAUGUUCAGAUCCAAAUUGUAUUUUAAGUCAUAAUUCAAAUGAUCAUAAUGCUCCAUUAUGUCGAUAUAAAUUGGAGAAUAAAUGUCAUAAUUCACAAUGUAAUUAUAGUCACAAUAUGCCUGAAUACUAUAAUGAUCCAAAUUAUGAAAUAUGGGUAUGUAGACAAUUUUCAAUAGGUUCAUGGUGUCCAAGAGGGAAAAAUUGUCCAUUUUUACAUGUCUGGAAUUGUCCUGAUUAUGAGGAAGAUCAAUAUUGUUCAAGAGGAGAUGAUUGUGCUUUAAAUCAUCAAUUUACAAGAAGAAUGCAAAGUCAUAUUAGUACAAGAUCAAAUACAUAUAUUAGAGAAGAAGAAGUUUUAAUAAAGGAAGAAACUGAUACCAAUAUCUUGACACCUGAAAAAAUGAUAAUUAGUAGUUAUACGGUUGCUCCUGAUGCAUUAUUCGCUACAGAUGAUUUAGGUAAUUAUCAACAUUUUAUUGAUUCACAAAGUGAUAUUAAACAAGAAUUUGAACCAGCUCCAUCAACUGACUUUAUUAUAGAAAUAUCAGAUACUUCCGAUGAUGAUGAAGAUGAAGAUAAAGAAGAUAAUAAUGAAAAUAAUAAUGAUGAAAAGAUUGAUAUAAAAUUUGAAAAUAAUUUUAUAGGUCUAUAG